AUGGCUACCACGAUGAAUCCUGUCGGGAUGUACCACGACCCCACCCUCGAUGAAUUACUCACACAAUCCAAGGCUCCGUCCAAGAGCCACGGGUCAGAUCGUCGCACCAGCAAUAGCCAGCAUCGCCGUUCAGCAUCGGAGAACGUCAACUUUUCUGCUCUUCCCCCAGCUGCGCCCGAGGUUCCUCGUGGGCCCCCAAUCUCAUAUCGUGGCUUAGGCCCUGCUGAGCCCAAUAUCCACAGAUCCUUUUCCCAACGAGCGAGAGGUCGCCCUUUUGCGAAAGAAGCAUUUGCUGAUGAAGAGUUGUACCAACCCCGAGACAAGGAUAUCAAGCCGCAAGUCGCCUUAGAAGGCAACCAGAGAGACCUUCUUGCGAAACUUCCCAGAAAGCCUGCCCCGACAGAAGGUCUCCGCCUUAACACUUCCAACCUGAACGGCACUCCAGCUGUUGCUGCGCCACGAAGGGAGAUUCAGUCAGCAAGACAACCACCGACCGACCAUCAAAAACCAGUCCACAAGCCUAGGCGCAUUUCCGACACGCCCCGGAAUAACGAGGAGCCAAUUUCAGCUGUCAGUCGAUCGAGUGCUUUCCGUGAUGAGGCCCAAAGACGAGAUUGGGCCCCGGAUCGGUCGCCUCUGCAGAAGCUAGAAGUCACUUUAAACGACAUAAGCAAAGAAGAGAAGAGGGCCAGGGUUCAGGAAGCAGAAAUGCUGUUGCGAGAACGGGACGCCAAGUUGGGAUGUGGUCCUGCCGAAUCCCCUAAUGAUAAACCAUCGCCAGUCACGGGGAGUACAAAAGCGAAAGUCACGGCAAGACGUUCCAGCGCGAAGCGCGAACGUGGUCUUGAACAUGAGGUACAGUCUGUUCAAGAUGCUGUACUGGUCCGUAAUCUAAGCACAACACAGCGACAACGUCUACAACAUAGUACUACCGUCGACAGUCAUCGCCCGGAUAUCCGAAGUCUUUCUGGUGAAAAGCACCCAGGGUUCGAAUAUACUAUCUCAGCAUCCCUGCACGAUCAAGCUGCUAACUCCCGAGGAGCUAGCCAUAAGUAUAGACGGGGAGAUUCGCCAGAAGAUCCACCGGCGAGAUCUUCCAAAGAGGUUUUUGACGAAGCUGCUGCAAGGCUGGAAAAUUCAAACAUGUCUCAGCAGCAAGCAACUUUUCCGCCAAAUGCAGAAGGUUCCCCAUCAGACGCGGUUCCUAGCCGCCGGACUCUUUCUAAGCGAAGAGCUGAGCCCACAAAUGUUCGCCUACCUGCAAGCGGUGGACUAGCAGAUCGCGAGAGAAAUGCGUCUCACAAAGCAGCGUUAGAGAAGUUGACGGGAGUAUCGCCUCCCGUUGCAAGGAGCGGUUCACGCAAGCUUCAGAAAAACGUACCAGCAUCCGUUGAAGCAGCCAAAGCCCAACCGAGCAGGAUACCUAGCAGGAUUCCGGUACCGACUGAAUCAUCAGCCAUCGCAGGCACCGCAGUCGAGAAUCCUUUUCCUGCUCCAGACCAUUCCAAAAUCGAACCGUUGACCAGCCGUCCUCGUCCUCAUACUCCAGUCGGCCUCGGAUUGCAGUCUUCACCACAUCCGAGCAGCCCGCAAUCCCCACCAGCAAAGGUAGCCGAUGUGACUCGACAAAGACAACGCAAAUCAAGUGUCUCUUUCAAGGAGCCCAUGACUCGUCGCCCAGUCGAUGAAUGGAAGGAGGCAGGUACCGCAAAGCUGACGAGCAGCGACUUCUUGAGCGACGACAUUCCUUCCGCGGACAAGACUAAACCUUGGUGGGAACAGGGGCCAACAACUUCCACUCGCAGAGGCAGUAGGUCUAAUAGAGCAUUCGAAACAGCCCAUUUGGAUGGUCCUAUUGACGACAAGACUGCCCAAUUCAAGCCCAAACUUUUUCUUCGGUGUGGACCAUUGUUGCGCUAUACGGGUAUGAAAAAAUCGAAAGCGGAAAAUGGCGAACUUGCACGGGAAUCCUGGCGCGGCAGUGUUAUGAUUGUGACUCAGGAUUCUCAUUCUUCAUAUGAUACUCCCCCCACUCUACGCCUGUUCGCACGACCGCAAAGAUUGCUCCCACCUCCGCCGGACAAAGUUGCAGAAAAUGAUCUCAAUCCGGAAUACGUCGACCCUAUUGCUGGCCUAACAAAACUCUCCAGAACUGGCCGAGCUCUAUAUGUCCGUCCGGUCGAUCAUUUGGAGGAGGGAAAGGACCUGUCGCAGAUUGAGGAUGAUGAUGGCCUUUUCGAAAGCUCUCCUAGCCCGUUGGAUCUUGGUGGAUCUCAUGACACGGCAUCGAUGGCCAACAACAAGCGGAUUUUCGACAAGGAUGGAGAGCGGCUCGGAAGAUACCAGGAAGUGCGUGGUGCGAGGUUGUUUGGAGAUCCAGAUCGCGAUGUCACAUUCUGGAGGUUUAAUAUCGAGGUGGAGCUCCAAGAUCAACAGCAACACAUUGCAUACCGAAUCAAUCGUGGACCUGCGAUUGGUUUCUGGGUUCCAGCGCGAGGUGAGACGAUGAACAUCAUGUUCCACAGCUGCAACGGUUUCAGUCUCUCUGUCAAUCCCGAUAAUUUCAGUGGUCCAGAUCCAUUAUGGAGAGAUGUUCUAAAUACGCAUCAAACUCGACCAUUCCAUGUCAUGAUAGGAGGUGGGGAUCAAAUCUACAACGACCGGGUAAUGCUCGAGACCCAACAUUUUGGAGAAUGGACACGAAUGCGGAAUCCAGGCCACAAACAUCACGCGCUUUUCACCAGUGAAAUGAAGGAAGAACUUGAAACAUUUUAUCUGAAUCGGUAUGCUUCAUGGUUUUCGCAAGGUUUAUUUGGAAUGGCUGCCAGCCAAAUCCCCAUGGUGAACAUUUGGGAUGACCAUGAUAUUAUUGAUGGGUUUGGUUCAUACCCCAACCACUUCAUGGAGACACCCGUUUUCUCGGGACUUGGAAAUGUUGCAUUCAAGUAUUACAUGCUCUUCCAACAUCAAAGCGUCCCGGAAGAGACCACGGCGCAUGAACCCAGUUGGUUACUUGGGCGCGAACCUGGUCCUUAUAUCAAACAGCUCAGCAGAAGUGUCUUCAUGCAGAUGGGAAAGCAUGUUGCAUUCUUAGGUCUUGACUGUCGAACUGAACGGAUGCGGAAUGAAGUACUCAGUGUUGACACAAUUGAGAUUAUACUUGACAGAUGUCGCAAAGAAUUAGUGGAGGGCGAGACGAAACACCUCAUUGUUCUACUAGGCGUCCCUAUCGCUUAUCCUCGCCUCGUGUGGCUAGAGAACGUGCUCACCAGUCGAUUCAUGGACCCUGUGAAAGCCCUGGGAAGGGUGGGCAUUAUCAAAGGAGGGUUUUUGAAUAAGUUCGACGGCGGCGUCGAAAUCUUGGACGACCUGGAUGACCAUUGGACUGCAACGAACCACAAGCACGAACGAAAUGAUCUGGUCAAAGACCUGCAAGAUCUUGCGGCAGAGAAAUCUUGCAGAAUUACAAUCUUGAGUGGUGAUGUUCAUCUCGCGGCGAUAGGGCAAUUCCACUCAAACCCGAAGCUCAAGAUUCCCAAAGAUCGAGACCAUAGGUACAUGCCGAAUGUGAUCUCUUCGGCAAUUGUGAAUACUCCACCAUCGGAUAUGUUGGCAGACAUACUCAACAAGCGGAACAAAACUCAUCAUCUCGAUAAAUAUACCGACGAAAAUAUGAUCCCGAUGUUCACACACGACGUUGACAGCAAAAAGCGCAAUAACAAACACAUGUUGCCUAGGAGGAAUUGGUGCUCGAUCCGGGAAUAUGUCCCAGGUUUAACCCCUCCGCCAUCACCCCCAGAAAGUCCAGAAGUUUCAGAGGAUGAAGAAGAGCCCGAGGAGUCACCUGAUCAAGAGACUCGUCCUCGUCGCUUCUCAUUCUCGAAAGAACAUGUUAACCCUAGAGCUUUGUUCCGAAAGCUGAGUUCCCGUAAAGCUCCUCCAACGUCGUACCGUGACACAAUGUAUGAGCAGGAUCACUCGAUAUCCUAUGAUGGUACCACACAGCCCCAAGCGCGUUCUUUUCGUCCGGGUAGCAACGCUUCUGGAUCACGGCAGUCCUCGGCUGACUUCCAAGCCAUUCCAGGGAAGCGAGCGUCCUCGUUCGACCAUAAUUCCUCUGGGUUCCCAGUCCGUCCUGGUAUGUUUCGGCGUCGUCCCACGAAUCUAUCAGAAAAGGCCGCCAGAAAGGGCAACAUUCCUGCGAUUGAUGCUGACGGCAACGAAAUUGAUGUGAACGAUAGUGUCAACCUCGAAGGGGGGCUCGACGUUGUGCUCAACGUGGAGAUCAACCAGAAAGACCCUUCAGGUAUAACUAUGCCUUACCGCCUCUUGAUCCCCGCGCUUUGGUACGAUGGCAGUUCAGAUCGCGAAAAGCUUGAUGAGGUUGAAGGGGUACAGAGAAGGCCAACGUUCCUCAAUAGGAUCGGCUUUGGGCCUGGCAGAAGCCAUGGAGCGGCACGGAAGCAAGGAGAGGGCAACUGGGGCCAAGACUACAGUGAAGAAGAAAGCGUUAGCGAGGAUGACGACGUGGAAAGGACGCGUUUGCCACGACGAAGAUUCAGCCUAUUUGGCAGCAGACGACGAAACCAGGCAGAGUAUUUGAGUGAGACAGAUUCGGAGCAUGAGGAUGAGUUGCCAGCACAGACGCCGGGGCAAGUACAAUCGCCUCCACAACCUACUGGUGGCAAUAGUGCGAGUCAACAGAAGUAUUAUCUGCCACAUAAUAUGGCAGGCCCUCCAAGUCACGACUUUCUCUACGACACAGAAACACGCCCUCCACAUUCGCACAGCCUUGCACCUGCACCGCAUCCUAGCGUCCGGCGAUCACUCACAAUCACCGUUCCUGCACGAGCAGCAUCAUCUACAACUACAGGCUCUAGGUCUGGUCAUGUUGUAUCCACCGGGAGGCAAGACGCCACCGAGUGGAACACCGACGACACGGGGAGUGGAAUUUUUCAAAAACCUCACUGGCCUCGUGGUCAAGCUGCUGCCAUUCCGGCAGAAACAUUGGCGGGACCGGCUCCUGUGGGAACCAGUGGAAAUGUUCCUCAGCGUCGUCUCAGCAAACAAGAAAGGAUCUUGGGAAUUUCAUCGUCAGAUCCUGAGCCACAUGCGCCACCCCUGAGAGGGAACGGGAUUAUUGGCAAACCGUACGGGUUAGGUAGUCCUGGCGGUGACACCGGCGCAGGCCAACGAUCUCUUGGUUAUACUGGGAUUGAAGCCUACAAAGAACCCAAACCACGAAGAGGAUUCAGUUUGAGAAAGGCGAGGGAUUGGCUGGAUGGAAGAGGGAGAGGAGGCCAGGAUGACUUCGACUAG